GCGCGAAAUUGACCAAGUGGCGCGAAAUUAUCAUUCUCUCCCUCAGUGAGUGUAGUUCUACGUCGAUUCUUCAAUCGUCAGCAAUCCUUUGUAUUUUCGUUGGCUUUUUAGCGUACAAAGUUUAAUACUACGUAAAGUAACCUCUACUGUGUGGACUCGAAUUGUUAGUUUUUCCACAAACCUGCAAAAAUGUUUGAAGCAAGACUUGUACAAGGUUCACUUCUAAAGAAGAUUUUGGAGGCGACAAAGGACCUUCUUACAGAGGCAACAUUCGAUUGCAGUAGCACAGGCAUGAGCUUACAAGCCAUGGAUAGUUCCCACGUGUCCCUCGUGUCUCUCAUGCUGAGGAGUGAUGGAUUUGACGCCUACAGAUGCGAUCGAAACCUUUCGAUGGGAAUCAACCUGACUAGUAUGACAAAGAUCAUCAAGUGCUCGAGUAAUGACGAUGUAGUUACGAUCAAGGCGGAUGACAACAACCCUGACACCGUCACGUUUAUGUUUGAAUCUCCGAAUCAGGAAAAGGUUUCAGACUUUGAAAUGAAGCUGAUGGAUUUGGACACUGAACAUCUUGGUAUUCCCGAGACUGACUACAGCGUUGUGGUGAAGAUGCCGGCCCAGGAGUUCCAGAGGGUUUGUCGAGACAUGAGUCAGAUCGGAGAGUCCGUCACCAUCUGCUGUACGAAGGACGGAAUCAGAUUCUCAGCCUCUGGCGAUCUUGGCACCGGUAACAUAAAGAUCGCUCAGAGCGCCAACGUUGACAAGGAAGAGGAGGCGGUGGUCAUCGAGAUGCAGGAGGCCGUGACCUUGACCUUUGCCCUCCGCUACCUGAACUUCUUCACGCGUGCGACGAGUCUAUCGGGUCAGGUCAGCCUGUCGAUGUCCCCGGAGGUUCCGCUUGUGGUCGAGUACAAGAUUGCAGACAUGGGAUACAUGCGCUACUACCUCGCUCCCAAGAUUGAGGACGACAAGGACUGAGAAGCUGUGGCGACGAAGCAACAACGGAGCAUUCCUAUGAAUAAACGGCAGUAAUGGUGCGAGUCGUCUGUGACGGUGAAGCUGGCAACAGCAGAGGCGUGUUCAGGAGAGCGAACGCUGGCGAGCCCUCGCCUUCUGAACGACACUGCGCGAGCGAGCGCGAGCGAGCGCGCAGACUCCAAAGGCUGUUCGCGCAGGGCGCGAGUUGUUUAGAAGAUGGCGUCGGGCAAUCUGGCGAAUGGGAAUCAAACAUUUCUGACUUCAAUUUGCAAUCUAUUUCAACUUCAUUUCAUUUUUCAUUUAUUCAUUUACUUCUAAAUUCAAUUCGUAUCAAUUUCGUCUGCUAAUUCGUUUUAACAGUACUUGUUCGAAGACAUUAAAAUCUCACGAUUAAAAUCUGCUGAGUAACCCUCCAUGGGGGCCGCCAUCUUGGAUAAAGCCAGCGCACAGCGAGCGCUCGUGUGUCGCUCAAGGGGCGCUGCGUUCGUGCAUCGAGCGCACGCUCUGUUGAACACGCCUCAGGGCAUUCCUAUAAAUAAUCGUCUGUAGUCGUGCGCGUUGUCGUGUCGCCCUCUAGCGAGCGAGACACUGUCUAUUUGAGUUUGUUUGAGUCUGGUGAGUUAUUGAAGUCUAUUUGAGUUUUACGUGGAAACGUAUCAUGUGUGCAAAACGUUUUCGGCGAUCUUCAUUGCCAGGCAACUAUAAAUUUACGAGACGAAAACGAGCACCAAAAUCUCACAAGGUUACAAGAGUUUGCUUGUACGAAACAUGUAUGAUGAAGUUCAGAGGAUGGAGACAUCGUGUGUAUAUAUAUCUAUGGUUCAUGUGACAAUAAUAACAGUACUUUUUCACAGUAAAAACAAAA